UAUCCAGCUGAUAUUAUAUUCAAGUAAAAUGAGCGAGAAAGAUUAUGCACCACUGAGUGCAUCAUGUAUUCGAGCACUCAAUGAUAAACUGUAUGAAAAACGCAAAGUUGCAGCAUUGGAGAUUGAAAAAAUGGUGAAAGACUUUGCAACUGCUAAUCAAAUAGAUCAAAUAAAGAAACUGUUAAAAGUGCUCGGUGAUGACUUUGUGUACUCUCAGAAUCCUAAUACCAGGAAGGGAGGUCUGAUUGGAUUAGCUGCGACCUCAAUUGCUUUAGGAAGGGACUCUUGCAGCUACAUCAAUGAGCUGGUGAAACCGGUGAUUUCGUGUUUCCAUGAUUCCGACAGUCGAGUGCGCUACUACGCAUGCGAGGCUCUCUACAACAUCGUAAAGGUGUCACGAGGAUCUGUCCUGCCUUUCUUCAAUGAGAUAUUUGACGGACUCAGUAAGUUGUCAGCUGACCCAGAUCAGAAUGUGAAAAAUGGAGCUGAACUUUUAGACCGGUUAAUAAAGGACAUUGUAACAGAGAGCUCCUCUUUCAACUUGGUGGCGUUCGUCCCACUUCUGAGAGAAAGAAUCUACACGAGAAAUCCAAGUGCCCGCCAGUUUGUUGUUUCAUGGAUUCAGGUCCUGGAUGCUGUUCCCGACAUCAACAUGCUCGUCUUACUGCCGGAGAUCCUAGACGGUCUCUUUCAGAUCCUCGGGGACACCAGUCACGAAAUAAGGAAGAUGUGUCUGGGUGUACUGGAUGAGUUCCUUGCAGGCAUUCACAGAUCUAAGAAUGGAGUCAACUUCACCGGAAUGGCAAACAUUCUUAUUAUACACAGUCAGAAUGCGGAUGACCUGAUACAGUAUACAGCAAUCACAUGGUUACGAGAGUUCAUUGCCCUUGCGGGGAGAACAAUGUUACCCCACCUGUCUGGGAUCCUCAAUGCUACCCUACCGUGUCUUUCAUACAGCGACAACACCAGAAAAAAAGUGCGUGAUGCAGCAGAAGCCCUGAGUGUGAGUCUUCACAAACUGAUAGAAAUCCAGGACGACCAACCGACGCCGAUCAUGGAGUCGACAGGGGAGGCCACUCUUGGAGCAGGCGAUGAUGUAAAGAAGUUACCCGAGAAUUCAGCAGAUGCUGACCCACAGGAACCAGGUGCAAUCCAGAUGGAUAUCCUAUCUGUUCUGGACGUCCUACAGAAGAUGCUAGGACAUGAAGCAGUCCAGACCAGAGUUGCUGCCCUUCGCUGGUUCAGCCUACUCUUUUCGAAAACUCCAAACAAGGCAUUCAAGCAUAUCGGAGAAUUCUUUCCCCUGUUGUUGGAUACAUUAUCCGAUCCUUCAGAUGAUGUUGUAUUGCUGGAUCUAGAAGUGCUGGCCGAGAUAUCAGCACACCCGGCUGGUAACAACGUCAGCGACGACACGCUGGGCGUGACGGUGCCGGGACCGCUCAAACAGUUUGUGGAUGUGACGCACGGUCUCAACCAGUGUUUUAUCAAGUUCAUCGUCCAGCUCCUGGAGAUCUUCAAAAAGGACAGACAACUCCUGGAGGACAGGGGAGCUUUUGUUAUACGACAGCUGUCUCUGUACCUGAGCGCGGAGGCAUUAUUCCGAAGUCUGGCCGAGAUCAUCUUGGUAGAGGAGGAUAUGAACUUCACAUCGACCAUGGUGCAGACACUAAACACAAUCCUCUUAACAUCGUCCGAGUUCUUUGACCUGCGCACAAAUCUCAAGGAUCUCAGUACAAAGGAGAGCUGUUCUCUGUUCUGCUGUCUGUACAAGUGCUGGUGUCACAGCCCGGUUGCGGUCGUGUCUCUCUGUUACCUCACACAGAACUACAAACAUGCCUGUCAGCUGCUCCAGUCAUUUGGCGAUAUCGAGGUGACAGUGGAUUUUCUCAAAGAGAUCGACAAGCUUGUUCAGCUCAUCGAAUCUCCAAUAUUUGCCUACUUACGUCUCCACCUACUAGACAUGGACCACAACCAGUAUCUGAUAAAGAGUCUGUACGGUCUCCUCAUGUUGCUUCCACAGUCUGAGGCAUUCAAGCUGCUCCGGUAUCGACUUGAGUGCAUUCCACAUUUCCACUUCCAGCUAGAACAAGGGUCAAAAGCCAGCUGUAAGGGUGAAGACCGGCCACUGGUUACUCAGAUCGACUUUGACAAACUUCUGACACACUUCAACAAGGUCCAGGCUCAGCACCGAGAAGCCAAGAUGGCGUUCAAACUGUCCGCAGUGAGGAACAUCAAAUUGUGAUGUCCAUUACAGCCUUUAGCUCCAUUUUCAUGUUACAGCUGAAAUGUUUCUGGAUUCCAAAAUGAUGGAAAAUUAUAGAAUCUUGAAAAUAUGUAGUUCGAACAUUGACAGAAUUGUACCUAGUGGAAGACAAAAAGGGGGCAAGUUGCAUCCCCAGAAAAACAUGGAAAAGUGCUCUUUUUUAAUUGAAAAGUGCUAUUUUUGUCUGCCUGGGGAAGACUAUCUAUUACUGUUCCACGAUUGUUUUUGCAUUGCCACUCCACUUAUUUUAGGCUAAGUAAGGCCCUGAUGAAACCUGUGGGGUUUGUGUUAAAGGGACACACCCUAGUUACAGUUAUUUGUUAACCAUUACGGCGUUGUUUUUCGCUAUUAAACCCCAUUUUUCACAAAUAAAAUUGCACUUUACUUACAUUUUAUUAUUUAUAAUAC